UGGGCAGGGAAAGGUAUGACUGUAUGAGUAUGUACCUUCCACGUUACAUUAUCCUGUUCUUGAUGCUAUUGCUGGAUGUGUGUUUCUACUUUCUUCUUCUUCUUCGAUUCAGAUGCUAUCUCCACCAACUCAUCCACGCUCUCCGUUCUUCUAAUUUGCUCCAUUCUUCCUCCCUCCUCACUCCCGCUGGAUGAGCUCCCAUGCCUUUAUUUGAGAUAAGAAAUGCACAGCUAAGCUUGCAAUGUCCUUUGUAUUCAUCGCUGAGGGCACCAAUGCCGUAUCACAUUAACUCUUUGACCUUUGGCAAUGACCACUGUCUUCCCUGCGCCUGGAACAAGCUUAGAAAGGAAAACUUGAGUGUGGUCCCUUUUCGCCUUCCCAGGGGGACGAGGACGGGGACGCUUCUCAUUAAGGCGGUUGCUACCUUUGAACCGAAGAUUUUGCCUGAAUGCACACACUCCACCGACUUGCACCUUGCUACUGCCAACUCAGCACCAGGGGUUCACCUUGACUCUUCUGAUGAAGAAUCACAAGAGCUUGACGAGAGGGAGAAGUUGAGAAGAAUGAGAAUUUCCAAAGCUAAUAAAGGAAACACCCCAUGGAACAAAGGAAGAAAGCAUACUCCUGAAACUUUGCGCAAAAUCAGGGAAAGAACAAAGCUUGCAAUGCAGAAUCCUAAGAUAAAAAUGAAGCUGGCUAAUCUUGGGCAUGCACAGACCACAGAAACAAGACUGAAGAUAGGCGCUGGAGUGAAAAUGGGAUGGGAUAGGAGGCUUAGAAAAAAGAUGUUGCAGGAGGCAUGUUGUUUUGAGUGGCAGAAUUUAAUUGCGGAAGCUUCAAGAAAAGGAUAUGCUGAGCAGGAAGAGCUGCAGUGGAAUUCCUAUGGAAUCUUGGAUAAACAGCUGAAGCAAGAGUGGUCAGAGUGUGUUGAACAAAGGAAACAAAUGGUGAGGCCACCAGGUAGCAAACGAGCGCCCAAGUCUCCUGAGCAGAGAAGGAAAAUCGCAGAAGCUAUUGCUGCAAAAUGGGCUGAUCCAGGAUAUCGCGAGAGAGUUUGCUCUGGGUUAGCCAAGUAUCAUGGUGGCGAAGCUGGGGCCGAAAAGAAACCUAGAAGAAGGCCAAGUGAUGGUUCACAGUCCAAAAAGAAGAAACCUAUAAUGAGAAAAGAUACUAAUACUAGCACUCGCGUCAGUAGCAGCUCCAAAAUCAGGACUAAGAGUGACUCUUUGAAAAAAAUCACGUCCCCUGUCUUUAAGGAUCCUUUUGUAAAUUCCAAGCUUGAGAUGAUAAAGAACAUUAGAGCACAAAGAGCUGCUGCAGAAACUGGACAAGCUCAAGUCAUUCAACGAGCAAGAUUAUUGAUCGCCGAAGCCGAGAAAGCUGCCAAGGCACUUGAGGUUGCUGCAACAAAGAGUCCCAUUGCGCAAGCUUCGUUGAUAGAAAGCAGAAAGCUUAUUGCCGAAGCUAUUCAGGCACUUGAAUCCAUUGAUGCAGAGGAGAUGAGCGAGAGUGAUGUUUCAUCGGUUGCAUCGAGUGAUUUCAAUGAGGAAGGGUCGGCUUCUGAGUUUCUAAGCCAAUCACUCAAGUCUCAUGUAAAUGGUCACAAAGCAUUUUCAUCAAAUGACUACAAGUUCUCUGAAGAUUUUGGCGAGUUAUCCAAGGAGUUGCAAGAAGAUGGUGAUUUAGAACUUGGUCUAACAAGCACCAAUGGUUGCAUUACCGUACCUUGUUUGAAUAGUCAUACAAUGGAAUCGGGUCCAUCAAAUGAACAAGGGGAGACAGAAGAGGAUGAAAGCAGAAAAUGCGAGACGCAACUUUCGCCAAUAGCAAGUAAAAAGUGGGUUCGCGGAAGGCUCGUUGAAGUGGCUUAAGAGAAACAAUAAAACCGGUGCAGCUACCUGACUAGCUCAGUUCUCAAACAUGAUAUAAAGCAAUGUCAUAUUGUUUUGCUCCGUGUUAUAUAGAUCACAGUAAAUGCCAUCAAUAGUUUUAUUCUUUUAACAGUGUGAUCAUUGCUUUCUCAUUCCAAUCAUUAACCACUGCUAGGCCAGACCAAGGAAGACUUGAAUGGCCAUAGCGAAAGGAGAGGAUUUAUUUUUACUAGUUCUCAGGAUCGUUGAUCUUUUAAUCAUGUUGAACUGAACUAUGAGUUUAUCAAUUAUCAUAUGAAUAUUUUGUUA